AUGAUUCAAAUAAAGGCGUUUGAAAAGGAGAUCGAAAAUCUAAACAAAGGUAUCGCAUUACCGAAAAAAAGCAAAUUGAAAGCACUGUAUCCAUUCAUCGACAGAAAUGGUCUGAUACGAGUCGGCGGCAGACUGGAGAAUUCAAAAUUCAAUUACAACAAAAAGCAUCCAAUCAUAAUUCCAUACGGAACUCAAUUAACAGAGAUGAUAAUACGUGAAGCGCAUAUGAAAACAAUGCACGGUGGCAACCAAUUAACACUACAUCAGAUUCGGCAUGAGUAUUGGAUAUUACAAGCAAAACGAGCAGUUAAAACAUUCAUCAAUAAUUGCGUAACAUGUCACCGCUUUAGAACACACAAUUCACACCAACUCAUGGGCAAUUUACCAUCAGCAAGAACUGAAAUGGUAGAAAAACCAUUUACACAUACGGGCACAGAUCUAUGCGGUCCCAUAUCAUUAAAAAUGUCAGCAUUAAGGGGCACAAAAACUCAAAAGGGUUAUAUUGUGAUUUUCAUUUGCAUGUCUACUCGGGCCAUUCAUAUCGAAAUCGUAACAGAAUUAACGGCACAAGCUUUUAUAGCAGCAUUCAAAAGGCUAAUCGGUAGACGUGGUCACGUUGCGCAUUUAUAUUGUGACAAUGGCACCAAUUUCGUUGGAGCCAAUACAAUUCUCCAGUUGGAAAGUGAAGAAGCGAUAGAGGAAUUUAACAUCGAAAUUCAACAAAAUCUAACCAUAUUAAAUACCAAAUUUCAUUUCAAUCCGAGCAUCAGCCCAUGGAUGGGAGGACUAUGGGAAAGGGGAGUCGGUUCAAUCAAGCACCACUUAAAAAGGACGGUUGGCGAGAGAAUUCUAACCUAUGAAGAAUUAUCAACAGUGCUCACGCAAAUAGAGGCAAUUCUCAACUCACGACCAAUAUCACCGAUGACUGAAAAUCCGGACGAUCUAGAGGUGCUUACACCGGGACAUUUCUUAAUCGGCAGUGCCAUGACCGCACAAAUGGAACCGAAUCUAUUGAAAAACAACGAAAAUCGAUUGACACGAUGGAAUAUUUGCACACGCAUGAAACAAUUAUUCUGGGAAAAAUGGUACAGUGAGUAUAUCACCCAGCUACAAACUAGAUCGAAAUGGAAUGAACCACAAGAAAACCUAAAAAUUGGCGAUAUGGUUUUAUUAAAAGAAGAAAAUACACCAGCUUUGCGCUGGCCUUUGGGUCGAGUAAAGGAGGUGUUUCCUGGAAAAGAUGGCUUGGUACGAGUGGUGGCGGUGAGCGCAAAAAAUAAAACAUAUAAGCGACCGAUCGUAAAAUUAGCCAAGUUGCCAGGGUUAGAG